AUUAAAAAAAGCUAUUUCAAAGUUAGUUGAUCUAACCAUUCUCCUUUCUGUAACAAAUGUAAAUUGAUAAUAUCCAACAUUCGUAUCCUCUUAUUUUUAAUGCAGUCAAAAAAAGAAAGAGCAAAAAAAUUUCUGGGUCAAUUUUUAGUUGGACUGGGUAAUGAAAGAUUUUUGAGAAAGUAGUUUUUAAAAAAAUACUGAAAAGGCACACUGUUGCAAGCACCGGUGUGGAGCGGUGAGCAAUGUUUUUUUUUUGUACAAGCUGCUCAAUCCGGUGUCACUACAAUCAAUUUUAGAAAUUUCGCUGCAAAAUGUUUUUAGAAAUAAGUAAUGCUGAGCGACUGUGUUUUAUUUUGGUUGAAGUUAGAUUUUAAAAAUUGAUUACAUCUGAAAGGCGCUCUAAUGGAUAUGCGACGCACUGUGUAUCCUUACCAAAAGCUUCCAACCCGAUUGUGCAGCAUGAUCUGAAUUUAGGCGUUGAACAUGGUGUGCAAUAUUGGGUUCAAUAUGGCGUUCAACAACAGGCGUUCAAAAUAUGGCGUUCAACACCGGGCGUUUAAAAUAUGGUAUUUAACAACGGGCGUUCAAAAUAUGGCGUUCAACACUGGGUUAUACAGCUAGUCUACUGUGUGUACUAAUAAGAUUACUUCAUGUUUACUACAAGCUUGCAUACAAACUCAUUUUCGACUCCCACGCUUUGAUUGCUUGGCGAAAACAGUAUGGUUGCUGAUAGAAUAUUUUUCGCCGCCAAACCUUUUUUGUUUCAGUGAUUCUAUAUUAUUGUUGUAAUAAUUUUUUUAAUAUAAAAAUAAAAAACAAAAUCUUUACAACAAUAGACAGAAUAAAAGACAUUGAACGUUAAAGCCAAACUACAUUAAAGAAUUAAUGAAAAGAACACUUAAGGAUAGCGAAGAAAAGUUUGUUAAAUAAGCAACUGUUUACAUGAAGUGUAUUGAAAGAUAGGAAGGUGAUUACUUCAAAGCGGUUUAGUAACAGAUUACUUUGAAGAGAGAAUUACUAUUAAGACACCGAAUACAAGGUAUAUCAAAAAAAGACAGAAACUAUUUAUAACUGGCACAAACAGUUUAAAGAAAGAAAAAAAUGGGACAUCGAGAAAGAGUUAUACCAUCUCAAGUGCAGAUUGGUUUAUAUUGUUUUAUCGGUUCCAUAUCGCUGCUGUCCAACAUUCUUAUUAUAACAGUUAUUGUAAGCAAAAAGAGUAUGAGAACCAGAAGUAACAUUUUUCUAGUCAACUUGGCGUUGACAGAUUUAUUCAUCAUUUUGUUUGGACUUCCACCCACUAUAACAAACUUAGCCUUAGGCUAUCAUGGCACAAAUAAUGUUUAUUGCAACAUCACUGGAUCUUUAAUUCUUAUAAUGUUUUUAUGUUCAAAUUUUAAUUUGACGUUGAUUGCUAUGCAUCGGUAUAUUUUGAUAUCGCGUAACAAGUAUUACAGAAGAAUAUUUUCAAAGAAGAACUCAAUUAUUUCAGCUUGUAUUUCCUGGAGCAUUGCUGUGACAAUGAGUCUACCACCCUUUUUUGGAUGGGGUAAAUAUACUUAUAAUUUUGGAAGAGCUCAUUGUAUGGUUGAGUGGGGUUAUAGCCUGAGUUAUUUAUUAUUCAUACAAAUUUUAGCAUUUCCAGUUCCAGUAACGAUAUUGAUAUUUUGUUAUUAUAAAGUGGUAAAAUCAACGAAUGAUUCACGAAAGCGUUUGACUGCUAGUGCUGACAGGCACAAUUUAUCAAAAAAACUUCGUGAAUGGAAAUUAACCAUGAUGUUGCUAGCUGUAGUUGUCUCACUUUUGUUUUGCUUUAUGCCAUAUGCUGCUUUAAUUUAUUUGGAAGGUGUUUUUAAAACGGAAACGACGGAGAUUCAUAGUUUCUUGGCGAUGAUAUUUGCAUAUUCAAACAGUAUCUUUGACUUCUGGAUUUAUUCAAUUAUGAGUUCUAAAUUUCGUAAUACCUUAUAUUCUAUUUUUAACAAACUUUUCGCGAAGCGUAAUCGAGUCUUUCCUUCAGUGGAGUCUGAUACCCCACCGGACGAAGAAAUGGAAAGUGAUACUCCGACGUUAUCGGAACGGCGUCGUUCGUUUAUGUUGCGUACACAAAAUGGCAACUCAAAGAAUCCUUCAAUUCGAGCAUUUUAUGAAACCGAUGGUGAGUGUAAAAAACAUGGAACUUCCAGUUAUUUAGAUUCCAAUAAAAUGACAACAAAUUUACUAACGGUGACCUCGGCACAAAACGCAACAGGGUAAAGAUCUUUAAAUUGACGAAUUUGUUCGUAUUGCAGUAAAAAUACAUUACUCGAUUGGAGUUUGGAGACUUAUCAUUUAGUCAAAGUUUAAAAUGCAUUUUUAUUGACUUAUUGUCAAAAGAUGACAAAAGAUGACUGCGUAUAACCAAAUAUUGUUUUAAGAGUCACUAAAUUUCGACUAAAGAUGAACAAAAUUCAAGCAAGAAACUUGUACGACACAAAAUAUUGUUAAAAAAGCCUUCUUAAUUUCUAAACUGUUUUUUUUUUAUUCUCACAUCAUUUAACACUGAGAUUGUCCUUACCUUGUUAUAACAACCGAUCUUCCUAAAUUGUUUUUUUAAAACAUUUUAAUUAUAAAGAUUAUAAAAAAUAUUGUUCGUUUUUUCCGUUUGCCUGAUUUUAGUUUGUUUCCCAUGAUUACAAGGACAAAAGGAUUCACAUAAUUACUAAAACAAGCUUUGGAAACAUACAGCGAUAAAAUACUGCGACACCUGCAAAAAUUGUGUCUAAAGAGAACGAAAGGUAUGAUAAAAACUGCAGCUCGCUUAGCUAUUCCAGUAGUUGAAGGAUUAGACUCGCGGAUUUCCACUUUAUUAAUGCAAACUUUAGUCUAAAAAACGAGUCACAAGCCAUGUCGACGCAAUAGCAAGCCUCCUUGUACUAUUUCAAACGUAAAUUAUUUAAUCUAACUACAUCAAGCUGGAUUUCUGUUCUUACUUUAAUACCCCAAACAAGACACAAAUGUGGGUCACUCAUUAUGCUUAAAAGAGUGCCACAGGGAGCUAAAAUUGUUAUUUGAUUUUCAUCUGAAUCAGAAUCUGCAAGAGUGGUUUAGUGGACCAAAAUUAUCUUGAGAGAGGGAUUGUCAACCAGCCAACUAUAUGGAAUUUGUUGAACAAAACAAAACAAAACAAAGCAAUACGAAACAAAACAAAACGAAACAAAACAAAAUAAAACAAAACGAAACGAACGAAACGAACGAAACGAAACAAAACGAAACAAUAGAACCAGGAGACUCAUCCCGUACAUAUACUAUUUAUUUCUGUCGAAUAAGUUUCUUUUCUUAACUUAUUUUCAGUUUACAGUUUCCUUAUUCGUGUCGUUUUUGCACACGUCCCUGUUGUCAAAGCAACGGUAGGUAAACAAUUGCAAAAAAACACAGGUUAUGUUAUAAAGAUUUAGGAAUCAAUGCUGGCUUAGAAGUUCGGUUAAGGAUGUAUGGUUCUAUCUAAAAAUCGUAUUAUCCUUCCUAAUUUAUGUCAUAAAGUUUUAACAAGUACAAUUUCGUAGGAAAUUAUCUUGAAUGAUUUGCAAUAUUUUAAUGAUUUGCUUGCGAAAUCACCGAAAUAAUCUCCGGUCUGUUUCUUUCUCUAAAUUGUUCAGAAAAAACUUUUUUUUGAGUCAUGACUAAACCAUUUGAUUAUUUGCGUUUCAAUCCUGUAACGUCUUUCUAAUGACGUCGUAAUCUUCUAAUCUGUUACACUUGAUUGAUCUCAAUUUUUUUUAAAUUACCAGCUGUGACAUAUUAUACAUGUAGACAGAGUUUUAAUUAAGACAAGAAGGAGAAUUAUAAACUUGAUGAGAAAUAAAACUGCCAUAUAAAAUCAAUUUUGAAUUCUUGUAUUGUGAAGUUUAAAAUUAUAAUGUGUUUAAAACUUAAAAAUGUCAGUUUUAGAUUCCCUUUGUGCGAAAGUUUGUACGCAAAUAAUUUAAAAAUACUGAGACGGUUGCUUAGACGACGGUAACAAGAGGACAAGAACAGCGGCUGUCGUCUUAAAGUAUGACCUUACGCAGGGAGAAUGGAAACUAAAGUGAACAAAGUUUCUCUGCAUAACAC